CUGUGGAUAAAUAGGUUACUUCUGCAUUCAGGAUUUUCCAUCCAUCAUCCGCCCACACUGAACUCGUCACUUCAUACUUAAAAUAUAAAAGGGAGGCAAGGGAGAGGCCACAGCCAGAGUGAAAGUGAAGAGGUGACAUCCGAGAGUGCUGGAGUCAUCCUAGCCUGCACCCAACCCUGUCGUUGCUGCCAUUCCAUAUAUAGCUCCUGACAACUGUGUCUAGGGCUGGAACUUCCAGCUCUCCCCACCACCACCUCCUGUCACAUUUCUGCAUCUGAAGCCUGAGCACAGCUCUUGGCCCCUGCUGUAGCCUUUGGACAUCCACAGCAACAGGAUGGCUGAGAAGCAGGAGCAGCCGCAAGCCUCCCAGAACGGCGAAAAGGCUGAAAAUGCAGAAAACGCAGAGAACGCAGAGAAUGCAGAGGAGGCCGAAAAGCCACAGGAGCUGGAGGAGCUGCCACCCUUCGAAAUUGUAACAGGGUAAGAGGUCUGUUUUAUCCCAUACUCAACGGCAGCAAAAAACACAGAAGACAAAAAGAAGAUUUUUCCAGAAGUUGGCCACCGCAGUGUUUGCACGGUUUUGUUUUUUUUAAAAAGAGGUCUGCCUCAGGUUCAAGGUUUUACUGCUCUGAACGACAACCCAUAUUAUUUCUAAGCUUUGUGGUGCAAUACAGAGAUUUAAAUGUUAUUCAAGCAGGAUGAACUCACAGCAAGUAUUUAUUUUACGAUUAUCAUUUAUGGCACUGAAACUGUUAUUGUCCCUCAGUGGGGGAAAUGCUCACCUGUGGGCUUAAUCAUAUUGCAAGAGGUUGCUGGCUGUGUGCCCUCCCACGAGCCAGCAAGAAUGUCAUGCAUUUGGUUAACCUUUUCCACAUAUGCAGCCUCAUUAAAAUGAAAAAAGAGGAAACUUUCUGAGUAGGACUAGAGGGACUUUGCAUCUAUUCCAACUCUGAAACAGAGAGUUAUAGCUGCAAUUUUUGGUUCGUAUCUAAGCAGAUAAAAUCAAAUUGUUUAAAAAGACCAAGAGCAGAGGUGAAUGCUAAGUCAUCUGAGAGAUCUAACAGGUUUUUAUACAAUAUAGCAGGCAUAUAAUGCAAUCAGAAAAUCUUUAAUCAUAGAGAUUGAUUCAUCUGGAAAAACCUUUUGAGCCACUGUCUUUAAGCAUUAAUAAUAUUUAUCACAGUACCAUAUAAGUGUGAUACUUAAGACUUCAACUACAAUAUGUAGUGAGAAAUUCAUCAAUAUUAUACACCUUUAUCCUCUUACCAUGAUCUCAAUGCCACGAUAUUCAGUUCCCAAAACAAAUCAAAAGUGGUCAUAAACUGUAAAACAAGGAUCUGAAUUUGCAGUAAUAACAGCUUAGCUAGCAAUUUGAGUUUGCAACACUGUUUGUCGCUAUGCUCUGUACUGGUGUUGCAGAGAAAAAGAAUGAGGCCCACCCAACUAAAUGCAGACGAACAAGGCAAGGUGCUAAUCCCCAAGACAAUGCUUUGUUAUUAUCCAGAGUCUAGGUGGCUCCUGGUUGCAAGUUUCAUACACUUAUGCUCUUUUGAUGAGUAUUACCAUCUCAUUCUAUUCUAUGGAGUUAAGCCACUUCUGGGUGGAGCUAUGGUUUAAGAACUAAAUGUUAUUCAUUCCUUGGUCUCUACCAGAAAUAGCAGCAAGAGAAACUGUAAAUAUAAACUUUUGACACCAAUAAUUGCUGAAUUAUUUGGGAUUAGGUGCUCAAGGCUGUAAUCCUACUUUACACUCUUACCUGGCAGUCCCAUUGGAGCUAACUUCUGAGCAGACAUGCACUGGAUUGUGCCAUAAAUGAUCAUGGUGCAUAUAUUAAAGACACACCUGUUUACAGAGGCAUUCCUUUGAUCUUGCGACCAGAUGGGAUUGUUUCAUUGCACAUUUCAAUUAUGGAUGUUUUUAUUUUAAUGUUUCAAUUAUAUCGUUUUAUUGUGUAUUUUAAUUUUGAAUGCUUAUAUGUAUUUUAAUACUUGAACAACUGAUUUUUAUGCAAACCACUUAGAAGCCUAUUUGGCAUUAAGUGGUAUAUAAAUUUGCUUAUCAAUAACAACAGCGGCUUCAUGCUACCAUAUGUGUUUCAUGUCUCUCAGCCUGGGUAGCUCAGCUGGUUAGAGCUUGGUGCUGAUACCGCCAAUGUUGCAGGUUUGAUCCCCAUAUGGGACAGCUGCACACUCCUGCAUUGCAGGGGUUUGGACUAGAUGAUCCUCAGGAUUCCUUCCAACUCUACAAUUCUAUUAUUUCAAUUGUUUAUCAGUUGAUUGUGACACAAAGCAAAUAGUUCUGAUAGCUUUACUAAAACGGCAAUGGAACCAUGGACCUCUGGGGAGUUGGGAACGGGCAGUGUUAUUUUAUUUCUGACAUUUAUACCCAGUCUUUCUUCAAAGGAGCUCAAGGCGGUGUACAUGACUGCUCAUUUUAUCUUCGCAUCAAUUCCAUGAGGUAGGUUAGGUUUACAAUGACUAGCUCAGGCUCACACACAGUAAGCUUCAUGGCAAAGUGGGGAUUUAGAUCUGGAUCUUGACACUCCUAGUAUGACACUGCACCACAGCACUAUAGCUGUGUGCAAAUACUGGAUUAUUAAAAAUAAUAAUGCUGUUGAGAUGGACAUUAUUAUUGUUACUACUACUACUGUACUACAAAAACCAGGUUACACUAUUUCAGCUCUAGCUAUAACCUCAGUUUUGUAAGAAUGAACCCCAACAAUUCCAUCUAGUCCAAACCAAAGAUGUUCUAACAGAUCUGCACAGUAAUCCCACUCCAGUGCAGAGAAGGGAUAGUGUGUAAUUCAGUGGCAGUCUAGAGGGCAUUUGCAUCCAUAAUGUCUUAGCUUCAAUUCCUGGCAUCUUCAAUUAAAAGGAUCAGGUAGUAGGUCUUGACUAAACAACAAGGAACUCUGGCAAUUUACACAUUAGCAGCUUAAAAUGUAGCAAGGCUGCUUUGUCCUGCUGUGUUUCAAGUUGCACUUGCUCAUUGAUGUACAUACCAGAGAUGGGCAGGGAUGUCUUCACCUGGUGCCCACUGGCUGCUUGGCUUCCCCAUGUCUGCAACCCACCCAACCCCGGAACUCCUAUUCAUGAAGCUGCUCGCAUGCUGUCAUCAGCACAUGCAUAACGGCUGUCUAAAAUGUAAAUAUUUCAGUUUAACCAAGGGAGUGUGGCUUACAUUUCCAAAUUGGACAGAUGGAAGCUGGUUUGAAUGAAGACAUCAAACAGCAGCAUUCCUCAGGAAGCUACAGGUUGGAUGUGGAUUGUGCCAAUAUCACAUAUACACGACUUCAAACACUAGCAACAGAAGUUCACUGGAGCAAGGUCAUGUAUCCAAAGCUGUAAAGCCGAAUACUAAAACCUUCAUAUUCUGUUCUGAGGAUGCUCAUUGUUUGUAACUUACUGUAAUGCUUUUGCUAGGUAGAAUCAUGCCUUUGCAUGAGGUGAGGCAUUCUGCCAGUAUAAUUUAAACUACUAUCUUGUAGCAUGCCCAGUCUUUCAGAGAGACAGCCGUGUUCACAGGCUCAGAUAGCGAUACUGCCACUUAGUAUUACAAUAUUUAAGCAUUCUUUCCAAAGAAUUUCUUGUUGCUGAUUUUUAGGCUUUGAAAAAAUGAACUAAAUAUAGGUUUGAAACAAAACAGGCUUGCAGAGAAAACAUACACCGGUGACAUAUUCAUAUGAACUGCAAUUGGUACCUCCAAAGUUCUUCUCAUCUCUGUCAAAUGAGAAGCAGAAGGUAAAAAAGUAUUAUUUGCCUAAGAUCAAAGGAGUUCAUAGUGAGCUGAAAUUUGAAACCAGUUCUAAGUUCAAUUACAAUUCAGUAACUGCUUUCCAUUGGUAAGUUUAGGCAAUACAAGCAGGGCUGGAUUAAAACCGUUAGAGACCCUAUGCACUGAAAAAAUUAGUGCCCCCAUAUGUAUUUCAACAUAAGAAUACUAAACCAUAUCCCUCCACCCACGUGUGUGUGUCUGUAAGAAAAAAAAUUAAUCAAGUACAUAGAACUCAAAAAACAUCAAAAAUAAAACAUAGAUUUAUUGCAACAUAUGAUGGGAUCUUAUUUCCUUGCAUUAUUUUGAUCUUUGUUAUGUCCCCUGGUUUAGGUGGUGAUAAGGAAUAAAAAAUAAAACAGAAAAAUGGGGGAAGAAUGUGGAGUGGAUGCAAGAAAGUCUAAUAAAUGUCUGAUUUUUCCCAUGAUGUCUACCUUUUUUAAAAAAAUGUCAAACGUCAAAUUCUUUUUUAAAAAAAUAUGUUUUUUGUGCCCCUUCUUUGAUGGUACCCAAGCACAUGCUUAGUCUGCGUGCACCAAAUAUAAGAGGAUACACUAUGAAUUCAGUGGUCUCAUCAAAGCUUUGAAUAUCUGCAGCCAAACAAGCAGGGCAUUUUUCUUCAGAAUUUUUAUUCUUUAAAUAUCUUGCGCUCUAAGACAACAUAACCCCUGCAGCUGCAAAGAGAAAUCUCAGAUCAAAUUUUCUAUUUAUUUAUAAGCUUCAGUCUGAUGAAGCCAGUCAUCUAGCUAAUGAGGGGAUUAAAAACACCAAACAUACCAGCAUUUCUGCCUAAUUAUCCCAUGGCAGUUCAAGCAUUUCAAUUGCCAUUUGUAGAUUAGAAAAGCUUCACAGUGUCUUGCCAAGUUUUUUUGAUGCUGUCCCCAACAGGUGCAGCAGCUGUGGAACCUGCACUGAGAAUCUGACCAAUCUUUAUAAUUAAGAAUAUCCUCCUAUCCCUUUCUAUAGUGUUCUAACUCUUCCUAAAGCUGCCAUGUACAUUUCAUGAGACUCCUACAGAUACAUUAAUUUGCACUGCAUCCUUCUGCAAUGGAAAUUAAACCAUCAGACAAAUAGCUUCAGCCCAAAGGAUGGAAUAACACAAAGUGCAAAUCCUGCUCCCUUCUCUUUGGCAGUGGCAGACUGCUGUCAUGAUCAUGAGGAUACCUGAUACUGUGGCUCCAAAGUCCCUCAAGACAGCAAGCAGCACGUUGUUUGGCUCUUCAUAGUGUUCGAUCAGUUCCAUACACACAGAACUUAGUCCUUACAACAAGCCUGUGAAAUAGGUUAAGCUAAGAAAUUGUGCGCUUCACAGCUGAAUAGUGAUUUGAACCUAGAUCUCCCCAAGUCAUAAUCUGACACUCUUACAUCAUACUGGCUCUUACAUUACUAGUUUCUCAGACAAUUUCACAAAUGGAGUUAAGCUAGAAAAUUAUAUAAACAAAAUAAUAGGGCCUGAUAGACAAGAAACAGUGGGUUGCUGCGCAUCACCAUAAUCUAAGAGAGUGCUUCCAGACUCAUCAUGUAGAAGGAAUACACAGCAUUCGAAUAUUAGAACCGCAAAGCAAUGAGAUUUAUUUUUUAAGGAGAUAUCUUAAGGACAAUAGAUUCACCAGCACUACCUCAUAAAUCAACUUGGAAUUUCAAUUCCAAUGUUUUCCAUAAGUAUUCCUUGCAUGGAAAUAACUUUAAAAGUACUCCUGUAAGGGGACAAGGUAACACAGAGAGGAUUUAACUCCAUUUACAACAGAGCUCUAAAUAUCCAAAUGUCUAGUUUCUAGUUUCAAGGAGUCAUCCAAUGCAGUAAGAUUUAUAUAGCUCAUUUUCUUCACUGGUAAAACGUGGAUAUAUGUAUUUCCCAACACUCACAUAUAUAAAAUGCUUAGUCCUCUUUAAAUGAACAGAAAUGUGCAAUAAAGAAAGAAAUAAUUAACCUCACAUAGCAAAUUGGGGGAGUAAGUCAGCCAGCCAGCUAUUAUGUCCCUUCUAGCCUCAGAACUGCGUUGAAAUAUUAAUUUUAAUGUGUUGUAGAAGUCCCUUGAGCAUUCUGAAUCACUGUUAGGUUAGAAGAGAACAGCUAUUGUUAGGGGCAAGUUGAACAGCACACAAGAUAGCUUGAAAGGCAACUAUGUCACAGACGUGCGCGUAUGUGCUGAUUUAUGGGACGUGUGGUUUCUUUUCCCCUUGCCCUUUCAGUGAUGAAUAACUAAGCGUUUCAGAGCUGCAGGGGGCACAAGCAAUCUGCUACAAUUUGUGAUUGCUAAGGACAGAGGCUUCAAAGCCUUGAGGCAAGAUCUAUUUAAGAUAUUUUCCAGCACCGAGUUUAGGAUCCACACACACUGGAAUAUGCACUCUGCACUUAUGUGCAAUUAGGCAGAACAUAGCAGACACUAUAGAGAUAAGCACUACAUCAAACAGUGCAGCUAUAUUGGCAUCCACAAUGAGCAAACAGUUUUCAUGGGUGUACCGGGUACUUAAAAUCCAAUAAAGUCUAGGUGGUAGCCAAUCUAGCGCUCUCCAAAUAUUGUGGACUACAACUUUAAUCACAAGGUGGCUGGCCACCUUGAGUAGUGAUCAGAGAUGAUAGUUGAAGCCCACCAUAUCAGCUUGCAACUCCUAGCAUACCCUAAUGCUACCUAAAAAUUUGCCAUUCAUUUUGCAUGUUAAAUUAACCUUGCUUUGAAGCCAGUGAACCUGAGCAAUUCCAUAAAAGAUGCUGUACUGUCUUUCCUGUGGUAAACUAACAAACCAAACUAUGCCACCUUAAAGAGAAAUUGAUUGAUUUACAUUUUGAGCCUCUGAAGGCCAAGAGCCUCUUACAUCUGGUACAUAGACAGAAAUACGAAGAUGAAUUCACCUGGCAGGAAAUACAGCGGAGCAAAGCCCAGUUUUACAAGAUGGGACUUUGAGAGAGAUAAAUGGAUGCACUUACUUAGAUCAUAUAACUUAAUACUCUGUUAAAAGAGCAAAGUGAAAUGUUGAAGCCCCACACAGAAGAAUGGACAUACACAGAGCUGGUUUCAUAUGCUUCUCCUACUUCAGUGGGAGAAAUUCAAUAGUGCUAUGGCAAUAGCUCUGUCAGUGCAAGCUUUCCAGCUUGCCAGACAGAACAUCCUCCUCUCCACUUCCCAUGCGCUGUUCAGGAGGUUCUCUCACACACUCAAAGGGGGAAUGCAGGAGGAGAUUGGGGAGGAAGCCCUGUUGUGCUAGCAGGAGCCCAUGCUGACUUCUGCUAGCGGGACUUGCUAGCUGAAUCCCACAAAACAGAAUGACUAGCUUCUACAAGGCAACUAUCAUGGAAUAUUCCAAAUCUUGACCCAUCUAUGAGUCAAUCAGAGUCUGAACUUAAGCUUGCUUCAGAAAGGUCACAGAAGGUUCUUUGAGGUAAAAAUCUCACUAUGGGAUGGAGGGAGAGAAGAAAAUAUGUACUGGGAUUAAGUGCUAACUUGCGUGCAUUACACCAAGAGUAAUUCAAGAUGAGGCAUCUUGGAUACAAGAAAGGAGCUGGAAAAGUAAAGGAAGAAGCGAAAAAUCUUAAUAACCAGUAGAUUUAAAUGAAUAUAGAAAAAUAGAACAGGCAGGUGAAUAGCUCACCAAUAGUUUCUAGAUACUUACUUUCAAAUCAUUUUAAAACCACAAAAGGGGAAAUUAGCUUGUGUAUAUCAGCAACAGAUUACUUGAAAAACAGCUGAUGCAAACACAACCUGCCCUCUAAACUGGAAACAUCUGACGACUUAUUUCCUCCAACUUUUCCCCAGUUCCAAAAGCAACUCCCUUGUGGUUAUACCAAAGCUUUUUCACCAACUUCUACCAUAAACCUCCAAAUUACUUGAACAUGGAAUUAAAUACUGUAUCUUCAGGAAAUUUAGUCAUUGCCCAAUUCUUCUAUGUCUCAGGCCUUAAAAGGAAUAGCAUGGUUACAAAAUUACCUUAACAUCACCAAUAACUCUGAAAUUAAUGGAUGAAGGGGGUUGUAUGUUAUUAGGUGUGUAACACUGAGGCUUUCUUUCACUCUUUUAUACAGGGAACGGCUUCCAGCCUUCUUUUUCAAGUUCCAGUUCAAGAAUGUAGAAUACAGUUCAGGCCGGAACAAGACCUUCCUGUGCUACAUUAUAGAGAUUCAAGGCAAGGAGUCAAAAACCUUACGGGGCUAUCUGGAGGAUGAACAUGCAGCAGCCCAUGCAGAAGAUGCCUUCUUCAAUACCAUCUUGCCUACGUGUGAAUCUGGCCUACGCUACAAUGUUACCUGGUAUGUCUCUUCUAGCCCCUGCGUCGGCUGCGCUGAGCAGAUAACUAAGGCACUGAAGAAGAACAAGAACCUGAAGCUCUCCAUUGUAGUGGGCCGUCUCUUCAUGUGGGAAGAGCCUGACAUCCAAGCUGCUCUGAAGAAAUUGAAGGCAGCUGGCUGUAAAAUGAGAAUCAUGAAGCCUCAAGACUUUGAGUAUGUAUGGAAGAAUUUUGUAGAGCAGGAGGAAGGUGAGGAACCUAAGGCAUUUACACCCUGGGAGGACAUUCAAGAGAACUUCCUAUAUUAUGAAGAAAAGCUUGCUGAAGUUUUGCACUGAGGUUCAAGUAAGUACAGUACCGUAAUGAAUUCUGAAAACUAAUUUCAAAAAGCUUUCUCCUUUUUAGAGUAGUUUCUCCGACCAUCUAACUCAUGAAAAAAAUACAUUUUGUUCUAUCCAAUGUUAAUAAGAUAAAGCAAAGAGCUGGAGAAAUUUUUUAAAUUUUCCCCAUUUCAGAAGAGCCAUACAGAAGUCUAUUUCAUAAGCUCCAUGAGAGGUCUAGAUGCCUAUUGAAACUAUUUCUGUAUGGCAGAUACCCUACACAGCUCCUGUGCAUAGGUGGAAGACCAACUGCCUUGCCACAUGGCAGAAGUUUUUGCAGGUGCCCUGAGUGUAGCAUCUGAACAGAAAGUUGGCUUCAAAACAUCUCAACCUGUGACUCUUCAGAUGUUGUUGCACUCCCAACAACACCAGCCAGCAUAGCCAACAGCCAGAGAUUAUGGGAACUGGAAUCUAACAACAUAUGGUGGGCCAGAGGACCUUGGCCUACAAUGACUUGCAGUGGCUCUCAAAUAAGAGCCUUUCCCAGCUCUACCUAGAGAUGCCAGGGAUUAUAACUGGGCAUGCCUCCAGACCAUCACUAUUUUGCAGAAGAGAUUCAAGCACAUACUGAAAAUUUAGGCUUGUGCAAUUAAAGUGGAUUAAUACACUGUGUCACCCAAAUGUGACAAAUCCACACAAAAAACACUUUUUGCAGUUGGAAACGCACUGAAAAAUCUUGGAUGAAUGAAUGAGAAACAGGAAGAUAUAUAAACACCUAUAAGCAGUUCAGGAUGAAUACUCACAAUCGUAUAACCACCCCAGAAGCAAAGCAGAACUAAUGUUCAAAAGAGAACAAACAUAGCCUAAGCUCCAUGUUAGCUUUGUGCCAUCAAAUCAGAAUGAAUGCUCAAUAAAUAGGUUUUCUAGAGGAGCCCUGGGACCUGCUGCAUGCAAAACAUGUGCUCUACCAAUAAGCUAUGGCCCCAUCCCCUGGGCUGUAUCUGCUGCUCUGUCGGAACAGGUAAUCUUAUUAUAUUAUACAUCACAAUAUACAACAAACAAGUUCUAGAGGCAUACUUCAAAAGACAUUAUUUUUCCUGCAGUUCAGAUUCAUUACUUUGAAUCCCAUCUAUUUAAAACAGGCAUUGAAGAAAACAGAUUAAAAUAUUAUGGAAAACAAAUGCUAAUAAAGCAGGCAUAUGACAUUACAGCAAACCUCAUCUGGAACCUCAUCAGUAUACAAUCAAAGUCCUAUACCAGCUUCCAUAUAAAAUGUCAACAGGAAUCUUAGGCACCCCAUUCGAAGACAAAACCUUAUUCUAAAACGCAAGAUGUGCCACAUGGAAUUUAUGCUAGGAACUUGGCAAGGGGUGAAGAAAAACAUCCGGCAAACACCCCACCCCAAGCUAAAGGAGAGCUAUUUUAUAUCAUUUUGUCCAUUAUGCAAGAGGAACAAACUGGUGAGGCAUUGGUUAUUUUGAGCAAUAAAGCCCCGUACAUUUGAGAAAAGCAACUCAAGUCUCCCUUUCUCUCCCCAGGGCCAGCGUGUGUGAAGUUUGCCAACCCUAUGGAGAGACAAACAUGAUAUACUUUGACAUCUGGGACUCCCCCUUCAGUCCUCCAGAGCUGCUUUGAAAAAGAAAAACAACACCACAAGUCUCUGGCUGACAUGUCGCCUUGCUGACUAAAAAUACAUUUAUUAUGCUGCAUGUAGGCAUUUGGUUGUUUGAAAUACAUAAACCUGCAGUGCUGCUGGUCACAUGGGAGGAAAAAGCAUUAUGAUAUGGAAUGAAGUUAACAAUCUGCAGUGCAAAGCUUUUCAUCACUGAAAACUUUAAGCAAAGAAGUCAAACCACACCAAAGAGCUCCUUACCAAAACAAUAAUGCAAAUUAAAUAAGUUUAGCAAAUGUGGUACUCUUUUAUCAUUUCAGAUCUCCUUUAAGAGAGCAUAAAAUAAGUAUACAUAAGUCCUGCUAUUCAGCCACUUGCUAUCUGACACUUAGAAUUCACUUAGAAUUAUGCCCAAAUCUUGCUAUAUACUCUGCAGAUUCACUUGUUUGAACAGUCGGCUUCCUUACAUGUCUACCCAGCAGGAAAUCCCAUUACAUUCAAUGUAAUUUACUUUCAAGUAAAGUGGUAUAGGAUUGCUGCCCCAAAGGUAAAAAACAAUGGUCCUAAUCCAGAAACAUGUGGCAGCUUGAGUCCUUCUUUUCAGCAUGGCCAUUCUUCCAUACCAGCUCAAGUUUGGGGAAACAUCUGAUGUACCUCUGAAGCAAAGCAAGGAACAGCUCAUAGGAGAGAGGGGUGCCAAAAUUCUGGUAGACCUACAUAAACCUUUGCAUCUGCCUAAAGGGGUUUGGUAGAUCACAGAAUGUAUUACAAUAUGAUGAGAAAUGUGUAAUAGCAUAAACCAGGGGUUCUCAAACUGUGGAACCAGUGUUCUGCAAGCUUCAUUCAGAUGGCCCAUGAUGUAUCUGUAAAAAUACGAUUAAAAUGCAUACUGCAUCUAGCACAGUGUGCUACAACAGGCAAGAAAAAUAUUAAGUGGUUCACCAAGACCCUCUGAGAUUUUCACGUGGUCCAUGAGAAAAAUAGUUCGGGAACCACUGGCAUAGACCUCUUAGUUAAUAAAGCAAUUAAUAAAGAUUUACAAGUUCCCUUCCAAGAUCACUGUACUGCAAAAUGCUCUGUGAUACAAAUAUGUGAAGAUCACAUAAAAGGGAUAUUGAUGAUUUCAACAAAAGGACCACAGUAGUGACAGAUUCUCCACAUUAAACAUAUGGGGAAAGGAAAAA